AUGUCACUUGCCUUGCCAUUUGCCAAUAGAUUAAGUUCAGCAAGAAGUUAAGAUUUGUCAUAAUUAUUUACUAUUUCUACUUAAGUAUUGAUAUUACAUUUCUAAAUUAAUACGACGAAAUCAAGAAAUAAUCAUGAACUGCUUCGAGAACGUGACUGUACCAAAUUGCGUGUGGUUUGAAGGAGGAGAAAGGCGCAAUAUUUUUGCGUCGAUGGCUGCAGGUUUUCUGUUCUUUACAGGAUGGUGGUUUAUAAUUGACUCAGCGUCUAAGUACCCCAGUGACCUACCAAGUGCAGCACAUGUCUGCGGAGUGAUGGCUACUAUAUCUUUGAUUAUGAUUAACUCUGUUUCGAAUGCUCAGGUCCGGGGAGAGACGUACACCGGGGGCUGUAUGGGGCCGCGUGGCGCGAGGCUCUGGCUCUUCAUGGGCUUCGUCGUGGGUUUCGCGUCACUGAUUGCUGCCUGCUGGAUACUGUUUGCCAAUUAUGUUAACACUGGUAAACCAGGCUCAGAUGCGACCAAAAACACUUGGGCCGGGGUGAGCCUGUUCCUCCAGAACGCAUUCAUUUUCGCUGGUUCGCUGGUCUUCAAGUUCGGCCGCGCCGAGGACCUGUGGGGCUAAACCUAGCAAGUAAACCCUUGAUAUAUCAAGUCCGCUAAUAAGUAUGUGUGCCUUUAGAAAACGAAUACCAUACAAUGGGGUGACCGCAAUGACUUUGUGUCAGCUUCCAAAGAUAUGUAAAAAUACUAUUAUAAUACCAACUCUUUUGUAGCCCAGAUUAAUAUUUGUAACGAUUUCUAUAAAUAAAUCAUCUCAACAUCA